AUGGCCAAAUUGUGCUUGAAAAAGGCCACCAAGCGCAAGAGCUUCGCAAAACAGUACAAGAUCCAGAAGAAGGUAAAGGAACAUAAAAGGAAGACGCGCCGCGAGCAGAAAAAGAAUAAGCAAAAGGCGGCCACCAAGCCGCUGACGGUACCGAACGCAUGUCCCUUCAAGGAGGAGCUGUUGGUGGAAGCUGAGAGGUCACGCGAGCUGCUUAAGGAACAACGCGAGGCGAAAAAAGAAGCCGCCCGCCUGCAAGACAUCGAGCGUCGAGCAGAGAAACGCAAGUUGCCCACGGACACGAUGGAGAGCCUGGCCGCGCGCGCCGAGUUGCAAGCCAAGAAAUUUGCCAAUGGCAAUGAGGUCGCCGACGAAGGCCGGACCGCUAAUCUCGAUGAUAAGAGCGUAAAAGUAUACGCGGCCGAGGUGCGCAAGACGAUCGAGACGGCCGACGUAGUCAUCGAGGUCCUGGACGCGAGGGACCCGCUCGGCAGCCGAUCGAAAGUCGUUGAGCAACAGGUGGUCAACGCUGGCAAGCGCCUCGUCCUGCUGCUGAACAAGAUCGACCUCGUGCCAAAGGAGAACGUGCUCGCCUGGCUGAAAUACCUGCGCCAAUUCUACCCAACCAUCGCCUUCAAAGCCAGCACCCAGGAGCAGAACAGCAAAUUGGGUCGUUUCGGCGGAUCGAACCUCUCCAACUCGUCGUCAGCCAAGUGCAUCGGCGCCGAUCUGAUCAUGAAGCUGCUCGGGAACUACUGCCGCAACAAGGACAUCAAGACGAGCAUCCGCGUCGGCCUUGUCGGCUACCCCAACGUCGGCAAGAGCUCGGUCAUCAACUCGUUGAAGCGGAAGCGCGCGUGCAACGUCGGCGCCACGCCGGGAGUCACAAAACAAAUCCAAGAAGUCGAGCUCGACAAGAACAUCCGCCUGCUCGAUUCGCCCGGUGUCGUCCUCGCCACGAAGAGCCAGCUCGACACCGUUGAGGUGGCGCUGCGGAAUGCGAUUCGCGUCGAGAGCCUUGCCGAUCCUGUUGCCCCCGUGCACGCCAUCCUGCGCAGAUGCUCAAAGGAGACGCUGAUGCUCCACUACACGAUCGCCGAGUUCGACUCGUGCGACAAGUUCCUGUCGCUCGUCGCACGCAAGCUGGGCCGUCUGAAGAAGGGCGGCGUUGCUGAUGUCGACGCGGCUGCCCGACACGUGCUUCAAGACUGGAACACCGGCCGCCUCCGGUACUACACGCAACCCCCCGAGCAGCCCGUCGUGCAUGAGACGACCGGUGCCGCCGAGAUUGUGCAGCAGUUCAGCAAGGAAUUCGACAUCGAUUCGCUGGACACGGACUUGGCCAAUUUGGUCGAAGAACUGCCCAUGGAGACGUCCAGCGAUGUGGCGACGGCGUAUUCGGGCUCGGAGGCCGCGGUUAGCGAGCGAUGGGGCGAAGAGGGAGAAAGCGAGGAUGACGACGAGGAGAUGGACGACGACACAAAAGGCGGCAAAGUCGUCAUCGAGGCGGGCGCAAAGAAGGCGAAGCCCCAAGCCGAGCGCGAGAAGAACGUGAUCCCGGAAUCGUUGGCCCUCGGCGGCAACGUGCAGCACAACCGCGCCAUCAAGCAGGCCGUCAAGAAGCAGAAGCGCCAGAACAGGAAGACCGCGCAACGAGCCGACGCGCUCGCCGACGCCAUGGACGUUGGGCUGUCGACGAAGCAGGAAGAAUACGACUUCUCAAUGGCC